AUGCCUUCCCAAAAGGACAUCACCCGCCGCCGCGGCGAGCCCUCCACCAGCACCUCCACCACCUCCACCUCCACGUCGCGCCGCUCCACCACCCGCGACGCCAUCCUCGCGCGCAACCAAACCGCCAAGCGCUGCCGCCUCUGCCGCUCGCUGGCAGGCCACCCGAGCCUGGCGGCGCUGCAGGCGGCGCACGCGGCCGACGGGGCCGGAGCCGGAGCCAAAGACCUGGGCGGUGCGGGCGGGGUGGUGGUGGCCGAGACGGCGCAGCGGUGCGGCACGGCCGGGUGCGGCGCGUGGUUCGCGUCGAGCAACCAGGCGGUGCGGCACCGGGCGGAGGUGCACGGGGCGGAGCUGGCCGGGGUGCAGGCGGCGCAGUUGCGGGCGGCGGCGGCGGCGGUGGUUGUGCGGGAGGUGGGGGGUGGGAGGCGGGGUGGUGGUGGGAAGGGGACGGUGGAGGAUCCGAUUGAUCUUUCUUGA